AUGUCGGCCAAUCCGUCGCGUGCUUCCACUCGGCCUUCGAGUGAGGUCGACCGGCUCUCCUACGACAAUGGCAGCGCCACCCCUCGUGACAGGACUCAUCGCCGCCAGCGCUCCAACACCUCGAGCUCGCUCCGCUCCAAUGGCACAGUGCGUGCUCCCUCCGUCAACAUGGACCACGACACCUCGCCGCUCGCCAAGAUCGGCAUCAAGGGCGACGGCCUCAUGCUCUUCGUCACCUGCUUCGCCUCCCUCGGCGUGUUCCUCUUCGGAUACGACCAGGGCGUCAUGUCCGGCAUCAUCACCGGUCCUUACUUCAAGGCCUACUUCAACCAUCCCUCCGCCUACGAGAUCGGCACGCUCGUCGCCUCGCUCGAACUCGGCGCCCUCGUCACCAGUCUCGCCUGCGGAAGGCUCGCCGACAUCUUUGGCCGCAAGAACACCCUCUUCUGGGGCGCCGUCAUCUUCUCGGCAGGCGGCGCCAUUCAGACCUUUACGUCCGGCUACGAUUCUAUGCUCACAGGCCGCGUGGUCUCGGGGCUCGGAGUUGGAAUCCUAAGUAUGAUCGUGCCCACCUACCAGUCCGAGAUCUCGCCAGCAGAGAACCGCGGAAAGCUCGCCUGCAUCGAGUUUACCGGCAACAUCAUCGGCUACGCCAGCAGCGUGUGGGUCGACUACUUUGCGUCGUUCAUCGACAGCGACCUCUCGUGGCGACUGCCGCUGAGCCUACAGGUGAUCAUCGGUACGACGCUCGCGUUUGGUUCGGUGCUGCUGCCCGAGUCGCCGCGAUGGCUGCUCGACAAGGACAUGGACGAGGAGGGCAUGCGCGUGCUCGCCGACCUGCACGGCGCUGGCGACCCCAACGAGCCGCGUGCCAAGCUCGAGUUCCGCGAGAUCAAGGAAAACGUGCUCUACCUGCGCAAGCAGGGCGACAACUCGUACCGCCGCAUGCUCACCCAGUACCGCUUCCGCACGCUCAUCGGCAUGUCCUCCCAGAUGUUUGCGCAGCUCGUCGGCAUCAACAGCGUGUGCUACUAUCUGCCCAUGAUACUCGAGUCCGCUGGGUGGAUCGGACGCGAUGCGUUGCUCAUGACGGGCGUCAACGGCAUCAUCUACACGCUCGCCACCGUCCCCACCUGGUUCCUCGUCGACCUGUGGGGUAGGCGCGCCAUCCUGCUUUCGGGCGCCAUCGGCUGUGCGGCCGCACUGUGUUCGUGCGGCUACUUUCUCUACCUCGACCGCGACUACACGCCCCAGGCUGUGGUCGCCUCGAUCAUCGUGUACAACGCCGUAUUCGGCUACAGCUGGGGUCCGAUUCCGUGGCUCUUCCCGCCCGAGAUCAUGCCGCUGGCGUUCCGCGCCAAGGGCGCCUCGCUCGCCACCGCUACCAACUGGUCGUUCAACUGGCUCGUCGGCGAGCUCACGCCCAUCCUCAUGGAGAGGAUCGGAUGGCGCCUGUACAUCCUGCUCGCCGGCUUUGCGCUGCUCGCCUUUGUCACCGUGUACUUUUGCUACCCCGAGACGUCCGGUGUGCCGCUCGAGGAGAUCGGUGCGCUCUUCGGCGACGAGAUCAAUGUGCCUCAGGACGAAGACGACGAGGACUCCGACGAGGACGACGGGGAGGAGAGCGGAGGUGCGAGGCGAAGGAGUACGGAAGGUUCCGACGGUGGAGGGUACAACAGGCCGAUUCGAAGGUCCAUCUCGAGCCACCCGCGGCUGCAGUCGGAAGAGGAGCGUGCCGCACGUGCUGCGGCAGCCCGAGUCGCGGCGGAAGAACGCCGAGCUGCCCAGUCGUUCUUUGGCCUGGGCGCAGGCUCGGGGCCUUUGCGAUGGCUGGGUAGGCUCAUGGGUGGGGGGAAGAGCGAGGCGGCUCCGGAUCGACGGCUGUACGAGGAGGUGCGGCGGGAUGAGCAUUAG